AUGGCAGACCAAGAACCUGUUAGAAAGACUCUUCGUGACUAUUCAAUGCCAAAUCCUAAUAGUUAUCAUGGAAGCAUUGUGAGACCUCCUAUUCAAGCCAAUAAUUUUGAAAUCAAGCCUGCCUUGUUACAAGUCAUUCAACAGAAUCAAUUUGGAGGUGCAAAUUCAGAAGAUCCUAAUUCUCACUUGGAGAAUUUUCUGGCAAUAUGUGAUACCUUGAAAAUUAAUGGAGUUUCAGAUGAUGCAAUUCGUUUGAGGCUUUUUCCCUUUUCUCUACGGGAUAAAGCUAAAAACUGGCUACAAUCACAACCUCAAGGAAGUAUUUCUACAUGGGAGGAUAUGGCUACAGAAUUUGUAAUCAAAUACUUCCCUCCUUCCAAAUCAGCGAAAAUGAGGAAUGAGAUCACCUCCUUCGUGCAGCAAGACAAUGAAUCCUUAUAUGAGGCGUGGGAAAGAUAUAAGGAGCUAAUGAGGAAAUGUCCACAUCAUGCUUUACCUGAAUGGUUGCAAGUGCAGACUUUCUAUAAUGGUCUUUCACCCACUUUUAAGGCAAUGUUGGAUGCAGCAAGUGGAGGAUCAUUCAUUUUGAAAACACCAGAGGAAGCUUUGGAGACUCUUGAAUUAAUGGUAAACAACACAGUGAAUAUGCAGUUUGACCGUCAAAAUAGAAAAGCUGGUGUGUUGGAGGUUAAUACAUUGGAUGCUAUCUUAGCCCAAAACAAGUUGUUAACACAGCAGAUUACAGAUUUGACUCAGAAGAUGGGAAUUAUGCAAGCGAAUAAUGUGAAUACUAGAUCUCCAGGGUGUGAUUUUUGUGGAGGAAUGCAUCAGAAUGGUGAAUGUCAGGCAACUCACCAAGAGGUACACGUGAAUGCAGUAGAACAACAACAAAAUCAGUUCUCUACCAACUUUAAUGCAAAUUGGAGGCCCCAACAAACGAGACCUUGGAGUAAUCCAAUCCAAUCUAACCCGCCAAGGCCUCCAUAUCAAUAUCAAGCUCAACCCAGCAAUCAAGGGAACAAGAUGUCUACGUUGGAAAAUGCAUUAGAGAAGUUAACAAUGCAAACUUCUACCUUUGUGGACCAGACUUCAAAUUUCAUGAAUGAGACAAGGACUAAUUUCAAGAACCAGGAAGCUUCAAUCAGAAAUUUAGAGAACCAGAUUGGUCAGCUUUCAAGACAACUCUCUGAGAGAUCUCCUGGCACAUUCCCUAGUGACACUAUACCAAACCCAAGAGAGCAAUGCAAGGAAGAGGGACAGAAAAAUCAAAAGAGUGAGAAAAAGAUGCGUGAGUAUGUCCCUACCAUUCCAUUCCCUCAAAGGUUGAAGAAGCAAGAACAGGCGAAGCAAUUUGCAAGAUUUCUUGAUGUUUUUAAGAAGCUCCACAUUAAUAUUCCAUUUGCUGAAGCAUUGGAACAAAUGCCAAGUUAUGCUAAAUUUAUGAAAGACUUGUUGUCAAAGAAGAGGAAGCUUCAAGAUGAUGAAACAAUUAUGCUCACAGAGGAGUGCAGUGCAAUAAUUCAGCAAAAAUUACCUCCCAAGUUGAAGGAUCCAGGGAGCUUUGUCAUUCCAUGUGAGAUUGGAAAUAUAAUGGUGGGUAAGGCAUUGUGUGACCUUGGAGCAAGUAUCAACUUGAUGCCUUUGUCCAUUUUUAAAAGGCUGGGUAUUGGAGACGUGAAGCCCACUAUGAUCACUCUACAAUUGGCAGACUGA